AUGUCCUAUCGAGGAAACACACGCGGCGGUGGAAACCGUGGAGCAUUUCGCGGCGGAGGGAGUGACCGGGGUGGUGGACGAGGAGGACGAGGUGGCUAUUCAGGCGGUUCAGGCGGCGGAUUCAGCGGUCCAACAGUCGUCAGUGGAGCUGUUCCGCCCGAUGCUAAUGUGACAAAGCUGGAGGAUGCCUUGCAGGUGAAGCCUGGACCUGUGAAGGUGCACGAAACCUUCCCCAGCCGGCCUGGAUACGGCACCAAAGGCGCGAACGUGACCCUCUGGGCCAAUUACGUCGUCCUUACGGCCCCGAACAAGCUCGUGAUGUAUCGAUAUGACCUCUCGGUGACGCCGGCCUUGACGGGCAAGAAGCUGGUUCAGCUCAUUCGGCUAGUGCUGGAAGCGCCCGAACUGGCGCCCUACAAAGACGACAUUGUGACCGACUUCAAGUCGACGCUAAUCUCGCGCAAAAAGCUGGACAACCAGACCAUAACGAUCUCGUACCGCGCCGAAAUGGAAGACGAGCCUCGAACCGGGGCCAAGCAGCACCAGGCUCAGCUUCUCUUCACAAACGUCCUGCCGGUAUCCGAUCUCAUGUCGUACCUGACAUCCACAAACAUUUCCGCCCAGUAUGACGAGAAGCUGCCGAUGGUGCAGGCCCUAAACAUCUUCCUCAAUCACUACGCAAAGUCGGCCAAUAACGUUGCCAGCAUUGGCGCGUCCAAGACGUUCUUGCUCGGCCAACAGUCCGCCAAGCUAGACCUCGGCAGCUGUCUCACGGCCAUGCGUGGCUUCUUUUCCAGCGUCCGUAUGGCAACAGCCCGAGUCCUGGUGAACGUCAAUGUGAGCCACGGCGCCUUCUAUCAGGAAGGCCCACUUGACCAGUUCAUUCUAAAUUUCGGCUCCCAGAAGGGCAUGUACAAGCUCCAGACGUUUCUCAAAGGGCUUCGCAUCCGCACCACGCACCUGAAGGAGAAGAAGAAUAAGAAGGGCGAGGUCAUCAUCAGAGCCAAGUCGAUUCAUGCCCUCAGCAAUGUAAGCGACGGGCAAGGUCUAGCCCACCCUCCGCAGGUUCGGAAGUUUGGUGCGGGGCCGAGGGAUGUGCAAUUCUGGCUUGAGGCCACACCCCAGACAAGCGCCCCGGCUGUCCCUGGAGCCGCAGCAUCAGGUGCAGCUGGAUCGAAGAAGGGCGGAAAGGGCGCCAAGGGUGGUAAAGGCGCCAAGGGAGGCGAGCCCACGAAGCCUGUAGCGGCUGGUGGACGAUACAUCUCGGUCUACGACUUCUUUUUUAACACGUACGGCAUCCGUCUUUCUAGGCCGGAACUGCCCGUUGUCAAUGCAGGUAACCACGAGCACCCGACAUAUCUGCCAGCUGAAGUCUGUUAUGUUAUUCCUGGACAGCCAGCCAAAAGCAAACUCGACCCGGGCCAGACCCAACAGAUGAUUCGUUUUGCAGUUCGCAGACCGGCCGAGAACUUGACCACCAUUGCAACCCAGGGUCUGCAGACCGUUGGCCUGGCGCCAAACACAAACCCCCAACUGGGACACUUUGGAAUUACUGCCGCAUCGCGCCUUAUCACCGUUCCCGGUCGUAUCUUGACCCCCCCAAAGAUAAUCUACCGACAGAACAAGUCGGCAAGUGUCAUGUCAGGCGGCUGGAACAUGGUUCCCCGUGGCUCGGCAAGCCUCAAGUUCAGCACUGGCGGAUCGGUUCAAAAGUGGUCGUGCUUGUACAUUGAUAUGCCCGACGUCUACCCGAGAGCAUAUAAAUUUUCAUCGGCGGACCUGAUGGCCACCCUUGCUGGGUUCGCAGGCGUCCUCAGAGACGCGGGAAUUGCAGCCGGACCGCCCGCCACACCGCAGCGACUGGUCUUGCAGGACACGGACGACCCACAGCUGGAGGAUAUGUUCAAACGGGCAUCUUCGGCCCUACAACUGCUCUUCAUCAUUCUGCCGGAAACGCCCAUUCCGCUGUACAACCGGAUCAAGCAGCUGGGUGAUGUGAAGUAUGGUAUUCACACAGUUUGCAGUGUGGGGUCGAAGCUGGCCAAGCCCCAGGGCCAGGACCAGUACUUCCGCAACGUGGCACUCAAGUUCAACCUGAAGCUGGGCGGCAGUAAUCAGCAGAUUGAACCGGUACGCCUGGGCCUCCUAGCAGAGGGGAAAACGAUGGUUGUCGGCAUCGACGUCACCCACCCGUCGCCGGGCUCCUCCCCGAAUGCGCCGAGCAUUGCUGGCAUGGUGGCAAGCAUCGACAGUUCUCUGGGACAGUGGCCCGCAGUUCUCAGCAUUCAGUCGCGUGCUCGCCAGGAGAUGGUGUCGUCCCUCAGCGAUAUGCUCAAGUCGCGGCUGCAUCUGUGGCGCACGAAGGGGAAGCACACUUCGCUGCCCGAGAACAUCCUGGUGUAUCGGGACGGCAUCUCGGAAGGCCAGUAUCCCGUCUUUGUGGCAGAGGAGCUGCCGCUUCUGCGUGCUGCGUGCAAGGCGGUCUAUCCUCCGGCCGAUCAAGCCAAGGGACUGCCUCGACUAACGGUCGUCAUCGUGGGCAAGCGCCACCACACGCGCUUCUACCCGACGCAGGAGGCCGACGCCGACCGAUCGGGCAACAGCAAGGCCGGCACGGUGGUCGACCGCGGCGUGACCGAGGCGCGCAACUGGGACUUCUUCCUACAGGCACACGCAGCCCUGCAAGGCACAGUACGGCCAGCACACUACUACGUCUUGCUGGACGAGAUCUUCCGGUCGCGCUACAAAUCCAACACGGCGGACCAGCUGCAGGAUCUGACGCAAAGCAUGUGCUACGUCUUUGGACGUGCAACCAAGGCGGUCAACAUCUGCACGCCCGCCUACUACGCCGACAUUCUCUGCGAGCGUGCACGGUGCUACCUGAGCAGUGUGUUUGAGACACCCAGCAAUUCGGCGACGCCGUCGCUGGCCAGCGGGGGAGGUCAUUCGGCCCUGGCUUCGCAGCAGGACGUGGCCAUUCACCAGCAUAUUCGCGAUAGCAUGUUUUACAUUUAG